AUUACAGUGAUCAAUGUGUGUGACUGGUGAACACAGUGUUGGCUCCAGCUGGAUCUUUGUUGUGUGAGAUUACCUUGGUGAUUGAUGGAUGAUUAAUCUGGAAAGCUGACCACUGGUUCCUUGUUGUUUGAGCUGCUGCCAUUGGGAAUGCUCAGCCUGGGGGAGAAACAGAAGAGUAAACGCUCUGAGAUCAGGGAGAGAGAGUCGCUGAAUAACUAGUGUGUUGGUGCGAAGGAAUAACUAUGUGUUAAAAAGAGAUUUCAGAGAUUUUCAGCUUUUGGAAAGCUACAACAUCCCUCCUCCAACAGCGAGGUGACCAGAGGAACAUCACAGUCAGCCUAAUACCAGAGAGGAUCCAUCUUUAGGGUUUGGUGAUAUGGAUGACCGGGCCAAAGACGACCCAUGGAGAGUGUAUGAGGAGGAAAUCCCCAGCAGAACCAUUCGGUACGCUGACAGGAGUGCUGGUCUCCAGGACUCAUUGCAGCUUCAGCACCUGCAUCUCCUUAAGGACUUUUUCUCCAGACAGCGAACUCUAAACGUCCGCUCUCAAAGGAGAGUCAGGGACUCUAAAACUGGCUCUUCAGACCUGGAGCAGCUCAGAACAGCUCUGACUGCUGAGGUGGGGGAAGAGUCCUGGAACAGUUCAUUAGAGGAGCUGGUUAAUGAGCUGGACCUCUCCUGUGAAGGUGGUGAUGGGUGGGAGAAGCUUUGCACCUACGUUCUACAGAAAAGCGCCCAUAAUGAAGACUUAUCCGAGCCUAAACAAAGCAUCAUCAGCUCUGAUCCACUGAUACGCCACUGCCGACACGUCAAGCGGGAACCAGUAACUCGUAUAGUGGAAGUGAGUCAGCCACCGCCCCUGCGUUACAUCACCAUCAGCAAAGGGGGGACACUCACUGUGUGGAACAGCAGCAGUCUUCAGGCCAUCAGGUCUCUGGAGUUGUGUGGGGGCGCUGGUGAGACUGGAGGCUCAGGGAGGCAGUUCCGAGGCUGGAUCACAGACGCUGUAUACAUGCCAAACAUCCACAAGGUUGCAGUGGCCUCCAUGAGCCGGGACAUCCACCUGAUCGACGUGUCCAGCAGUGCCUGCAUUCAGGAAUCCCACUUGUAUGGACUCGGUCAUGUUGCGACUGCUCUCUGUUACUGGUACAAUGUCGAGGCUCCAGGAGAGAGGUGUGUGCUGAUGUGGGGGGAUGAGAGAGGAGCUGUGAACUUGCUGUGGUUCCUGCAGCCUCACAAAGGCCUGUUUGAGACUCGUUCCAACCAGUGUGAACCCCACCAAGUGUUUCUACCAGACAUCUGCGGCCAGAACUCUCUGGUCUCUUACCAACAAAGCCCAAAACUCCACAGUGAACCAAUCAACAGAAUCAGAUAUGAGCCUGAAGCUGAACUCAUCAUUACGUCAUCAGAGAGUGAGAGCAGCUCAUUGGUCAUUGUGGACAUGAAGCACAGGAGGGAAAGUUACAUUUGGAAAAUUGAGAAGGGAAUCCUGUGUUUUGAUAUCAGCUGGUCUCUGGGUCUGCUGGUGACCGCAGGGCUGGACCCGGCUCUCAGGAUAUGGAACCGCUACGUUACCUCUCGACCUGCUGCUGUGCUACAUGGUCACAGGACUACAGUGGUGGACGUGGUUAUCCACCAAACUCUGGACAAGAUCUUCAGCUAUUCAAAAGAUGCUGUCCUGAAGAUGUGGGACAUCUGUUCUCAGCAGUGUGUGAAGACCCUGUCUCUGAGGUUCCCCAACAUUCAGCCUGCAUGUUUCCCGGAGCAGGGCAGCUUCCCACUGCUGCUCAGCCUGGCUGCAGCUCCUGCACUGCUGAUCAGCUGCAGGGAAUAUCUGUCUCUGCUGAGACUGCAGAAUCCAACCUCCAACUGCAGACCCUCAACCUUCUCCUGCACACUGUACAUCCCCAAACUCAAACAGGUAGUGACAGCUUGUGCUAAAUCCUCUGUGGUGGUGUGGGACGUGAACACAGGCAGAAAGUGCAUGGAGCUGAAUAACGCACACGGUCAGGAGGAGAUCACAGCCAUGACAGCAGACCCCAGCCAGCGCCGGCUCAUCACUGCAGCUUCCAACGGCACCAUCAAGGUGUGGAGCUUGCAGAACGGUCGUCCGCUCCACAAACUGGAGGCCGUGUCGGACGCAGAGGUCACAGGGGUUAUCUGUCUCCAUGACGACCAGCUGCUGGCCGUGGGCUGGAGUCGGCUGGUUGCUCGGUACAGCAUCGGCGGUUCACACGACAUGUACGUGAAGGCAGAUGUGUCGUGGAAGUCAGGCCGGUUACACAGUGAGGACAUCCUGGCAGCAGAUCACUGUGCUGGGAAGCGGCUGUUGGCCACAGGAAGUUACGAUGGAGAGAUCAUCGUCUGGACGCUGGACACACAGAGGCCUGUCGCUCGACUUCAACGCCCACUGCCUGGGAGGGUGUAUCCUCCCAUCGACAGGCUGCUAUUCCUUCAGAAGCGAGUUGAGGACCAACAGUGGCGAAACAGAGCUCUUCUGCUCAGCUCUCAGGCUGGAUACAUAUGUUGGUGGAGCAUCUGUGGGCCCACACACAACCACGCAAAGUUCUAUGUUCCUCAAAGAGAAGAUGAACGCGUAAAUGCUUUACGUACAAACCAUGACAACAGUUUGUUGAUUACUGGAGACACUACAGGAUCCAUCCAGGUCUGGAACAUCUCCCAGUAUGGCCUGUAUGAUGGAGAUGAGGUUGUCAGUGAGCAGCCUCCACUAGUGCACACUUGGAGAGCCCAUGAGGAGGCGGUAGUGAGCAUGGAGGUUCUGGAGCACGGCAAAGACCUGUUUCUGGUCAGUGUGUCAGUGGACCUUAACGCCUGUCUUUGGACCAGUUGUGGAGUUUGUGUGGGCUCUUUUGGACAGGAACUGUUGUGGGAUCUGAAUGAUUCACACACAUACCGAGCCAACAGAAAGCUCACCAGUUCAUCCACAGAGGAAGAGACAGAAACCAGUGAACUCAACCAAGUAGAGAACAUCAAAGGCCCGCCUUAUCUCACUGACUGGGGUCAGAACUCAGGAGACGUGGGUAGAGGAGCGAGAUGCCCCAGCGAGGGCAACUGUCACCAAACAGAGUCUCCUCCAAUCCCUGAAGACCACCACCUGCUCCUUCAAUCUCCAGACAGGAAGAGCCGAGCAGAAUCUCUCAGCUGCUUAAUCUCACCCUCACCAGAUCAUCUCAACAAGUGUGUGCUGGUGGAGCAUGAGAGCGUGAAGCUGCAGAGGAAGACAGCUGCAAGGCUGGAGAAGCGGCAGGUGUUUGGAGACAUAGAUAGAAAUAAGCUCUACCGCUUCGGCAACGAGUGCACCCCCUUUCACGCCGUGAAAAUAGUGGAACUGAGGGAGACUGAGGAUGUUAGGGUAAUGUCGAGGAUGCUGAAUGGGUCGCAGUGUUUCUCCCGAGCCACUGAUCUGAGCUCACCUCUGCUCUCCAGCGACGGCUCCGCCCUCUUUGUGUCCCUCAGUAACUAAGCAAACAAUUAAGAUCUAAGAAUGAAUUUAGGUAAUAUGACAGAGUUUUGAGAUUGACCUAAUCAGUCAUCGUUGCAAUAAGAUCGAAUACACUGAAAAACAAAUGAGGGAACUUAAUUUGGAUCUUCCCAUGAUCUUCAGAAGAACCAGCUGAUGUCACUUCCUGAAUGUUCCAGAUGUUUCAGAUGGGGUAAUGUGUUACGGUAACAGGACUGAGUGAAAAACCAGGGACACAACUGAAAUGUGUAUUUUAACUUAUUUUAAAUAUUAUGGAUUUAGUAUGAAAAAAUAUGUUUUAUUAAUGUUUUAAUUGCAUAUCUUACUUUUGCAAUUAGGUCAGUAUACAAGACACUAUGCUUUUUUACAAUAAUAAAAGGUGUUUUAAAGUUA